AUGAACGACAGCUCAUUGUCUCUCCCCAUUUCCCCCUUCCCUCCCCCGCGCGCGUGCAGACGUGACGAUCGAGGCGCCGCCGUCAAUCCACUCUCUGGGUCGCUCGGACCGUUGCCCUGCCACAGCCUCGCAUCUCCCUGCUGCCGCUACACUGCGGAGCGCUGUGCCAGGGUUAGGCGUCGCCUUGCUGCUCGAGCGAGUGGUGUUGCUACAAGCGGAGGAGGGGACAGCGUAGGCGGUGUGACUCUAACGGAUGUGAUAGAGUCGGGUGUGGGUGGGAUGGAGGGAGAGUGGAGAAGGGACGGGGUGGGGUCUGGUGAGGACAGGGUUGGGAGAGGAGGGGUGGGGACGGGGUCUGGUGAGAUCAGGAUUGGGAAUGGAAGCAGGGUGGGAAUGGCUCCCGACAUUCCCAAGGUUGUGUGGCUCCCAAAAGACCUGCUGGAGUGGCCAAUCGUGUGCCGCCAGGUGGCGCGAUUCGCAGACACAGUGAUGGGGUACAGGGAGGCGGAGGAGGGGCGGCUGGCAGUGGGGCGCACGUGGGAGGAGAGUCAGGCGCUGCUGCUGAAGACGGAGGCAGCGCUGCUGCUGCCGCGACGGCUGGACUUCAACGGUGCUGUGGACGUGGGAGGGGUGCUCUCUCGGCUCCACCGCAGUGCUGCUGCUGCUGCUGCUGCUGCUGCUGCUGGUGAUGGAGUCGAUGGUAUCUCCGAGGGUGCUUCCUCUGGCAGUGAUAGUGAUGCCACUGCUGCUGUUGCCACAGCUGUACCCGCCCCGCCCAUGACCAUAACUCCCUCGGAGCUCCUAUCAGUGGCAUCGCUGUUGCAGUCAGGCAUUGAUCUAGGUGCUUGCAUCGGGCUGAUUCCAGAUGAAACUGGCAUUCUGCGUCCCUCCUUUUCCUCCUCCUCCGCCUCCUUCCCCUCCUCCUCCUCCUCCUCCUCCUCCUCCUCCUCCUCCUCCUCCUCCUCCUCCUCCUCCUCAUCCUCCUCCUCCUCCUCCUCCUCCUCCUCCUCCUCCUCCUCCUCCUCCUCCUCCUCCUCCUCCUCCUCAUCCCGCAACCCCUCGCCUCUCGCCCCUCUCAUUUCCCUCCUCUCCUCUGCUGCCACGUGUCCCCACCUCCUCCGCAUCCGCACCGCCAUCAACCCGCGCCUCAAGUCCCUUGCUGACUCAGCAAGCGCUGAGCUGGCAGCCAUCCGCGCCGCCAGGCGGGACAACCAGCUGGACGAAUCAUUGCAGAGAGCCAUCCUCAGUGCUGCUGCUCAGAGCAGGACGGUGCUUCUGGACGAGGCGGGCAGUGGCUCGGAAGAGCGUACACUACUCACGCUCGCCACCACUUACUACGCUGACCUUGAGAAGCUCAGGGCGGCCGAUUCCCGGUUUGAGAAUGCCAGUGUUGCAUUCGACCCGGUCUCCCUGCGCCCCUCCUUCCACAUCCUCUGGGGUCUCCCCGGCACCUCCCACGCCCUCUCCCUCGCUGCCUCCCGUGGCCUGCCUCCUUCCCUCGUCGCCAGAGCCACCAGACUGGCCCGUGCUGCGAGUCUAGAGGCAGGUGCGGAUGAGGAGAGGGAGGAGAGGAGGGAGGAAGAGGAGGGGAACGCAUUCGGGGAGAGAAGUCAAGGGAGAGAGAGUGAGGCGGACGAGUAUGAAGGAAGGGAGAGGGACGAGGUCUUGGCAGCAAGGGAGGAGAUUUCCCGCAUUGUUGCCGCUUUUCAGGAAGCCUCCCUAGCUGGUGUUCCGGAGCGGGCGGCGACGGACCAGGCAUGUGCUGACGUGGCAGCGGUGGCGGCUUUGACGGGCCUCUCUCCCGAAGCUGACUCUGCCGCAGGUUCAGGUGGUUCGGCAGGAGGUUCGGCGGGAGACCCAGGAGGGGCGGACUGGGUUCCUGCUCUGGGGGAGCCUGUGUGCGUGAAGAGGUUCGGCACCAGUAUGCGUGGUACGGUGAUGGCAGUGGGUGGUGGUCCGGGAGAAGGCUGGGGAGAAGUUUCAGGUUCGGCAGCAGCGGCUCGGUCAGUGACAGUUCAACUGGGGAACUUGAGAAUGCACGUGCAGAGAGCAGACCUGCUUCCUGCUGCUGAUGGCAGUGGUGGUGGAGAGGCAGGAAGGAGGGGGGGAACAAGUGGGCUGUUUGGCAGCCAAUGGGAGGAAGAUGACUACAGCAACAGCAACACCAACUCAAAUAAGACGCGUGUCUGGAAGCGUGGCGGUCACCAUAUCAGCAUUCCGGCUUGCCUGAUAGUAUUCCACGUCGUGUCAACCUGCCUUGUGCCACGGGCACGCCCCCCUGCUUACGCUCAGCAGAGAACGGUUGGUGGGUGGGUGCAAUGA